UUCCGCCAUUAAUUUCCUUUCCGUCCGUACCGAGAUUCUCUUGCCGCGUCAAAACCACCUCUUGAAUCUCCACGACCAAAGCCCGAACUUCCCAGGGGGAGAAAGAUGCAAUUCAAUCCAAAUCAAAUCUCAGACCGAUUGAUCAAAUUCAUAUUCAUUUGACACUAUAUUGAUCUCAGCCAUCUUGCAUGCACGGAAUUAUAAGCUUUUAUAGUAACAGUAAUGGCUCGGAUCUUCGAGUACUUUGUGGUGUGUGGGAUCGGUCCGGAGAUUCGAACCCUUGACGGCAACAGGGGCUUUCAUGGCACCGGGGUCAUGUACCUGUCUUCUCUGCUCGAUCAGUUCCCUCCGCCCAACCACUCUCUCUACCCUCCUCCACCUCCUCAGCUAUCCACCUGUGUUCUACCAGCUGGGGUGGAGUUUUAUUCAUCGGGCUUUGAUGCCAAUGAUGCUUCUACUUCACCGAGAAGCUACCCGAUUGUUUUAACCGAGGGUGAUGGGUCAAAAAUUUAUGUUAGUUGCAUUGCUUUCCGGGAUCCAGUGAGCGAAGAUAUUGCUGAAGCUUACCAUAUACCAGCAAAUUCUUUUGCUGACAAAUGUAUCUGUCUUGUUUCUCGCUUGCCCAGUUUCCGUGCCAUUAGAAGCACACUUGAGGAACUAUUUUCACUUUGCUUUUCCCCAAAUGGAAGUAGCAAGCCAUUGUGGGAUGUUAUAGCACAUAUUGUGUCCAAUGUACCUUUGCCUAACCCUGGAAGAGAUCGGGUUUUAUUUGCCAUAGAGAAUUGUCUGCUUUCUGUGGAGGCUCCAGCCAAGGAUGGUCUCCCCCAUGCUGAUAUAUCAUUUCAGCCACUUGUACAGUGCUUGGAUGUUGACAACUUAAUUAAACUUUUUGCUGCUGUGUUGCUUGAAAGGAGGAUUUUGCUUCGAUCAAACAAGUAUUCGCUUUUAACUCUCGUAUCAGAGGCCAUAUGUCAUCUAAUUUAUCCGUUUCGGUGGCAGCAUGUCUACAUUCCAUUGCUAUUUUUCAGUGGAGUAGACUAUAUUGAUGCUCCUACACCGUAUAUGAUGGGUCUCCAUUCAGGUGUUGACACGUCUGGUCUCACAAUGGAUGGCGUAGUUGUGGUAGAACUCGAGUAUAAUCGUAUCACCACAUCGGAAGACAUUCCCCCUUUUCCAGAGCCAGAAUUAAGCUCUUUGCGUGAGGAGAUCAUGCAGUUGCUGUAUCCCAAUGUUGUGGGGAUAGAUCAGAUGGAUGGCCCAUAUAAUGCAUCCGAGAAAUCAUCUAUAUGUGGCAACAAACCUUGGGGAGAGGGUCAUGACCUUAAACUUAGGUUAAUAUUUCUGAAGUUCUUUGCUUCACUUUUGAGUGGCUACCGAAAUUUCAUUGAAAAUACAGCAAGUCAAGUCUUCAACAGUCCAGCAUUUCUGAAGAGGCGCUCUCGGUCAACCAACCAACCAUCAGAGCCUAUGAUAACGCAGUUUCUAGAUUCUCAUGGUUUCUUGGAUUAUUUGGAGAGAGGUCUGGGCUCUGGUGAAAAUAAUAAUAAUAAUCUCCUUGACAAGUUACAAGAUGCGAUUGGAAGGGGUCAAAAUCCUAUUUCAAUACUUCCUUCAUCUUUGGUAGAGCCUGAGAUUAUAACAAUAUCCGAUCCUGAUGUGGGAAUAUCAGGAUCAGGUGCCAAAUAUACUUAUGAUCGGUUCCCCUCAAACAUUAGAACAGAAGAGCAAGAAGAAAAGCGGAGGCAGAUUCUUGCAGCAGCAAGUGGAGCUUUUCAAUACUCUGGAAAGCAUACUCCUAGUUCACCUUCUAUACUGGGGGCUAAGAGUUCCAAAGCAGAAAAAAGUCUCAGUCCAUUGGAGAGGGCUGCAGAAAGGGAGCUCAUGGUUUUGGAUAUAAAAGUGAAGCUGCAGGGUUUAUGGCUGCGACUUCUGAAAUUGGGAGCAACUGAUGAUCCUCUUUCAUCUUUUGAGUAUGGCACAAUCCUUGCUAUGAUUGAAUCUGACGCAGAGGGAAUUGGUGGUAGUGGGUUUGUUGAAUGUAUCAGAGAGCAUAUACAUUCAGGAUGGCAUUGUCAGCUGACACAGGAACAGUUUAUUGCAGUUAAAGAAUUACUUAAAACAGCAAUCAGUCGUGCAACCUCUCGGAAUGACGUGAUGACCAUCAGAGAUGCUCUUGAAGUCUCGGCUGAAAUGUAUAAGAAAGAUGCGAAUAAUGUUUCAGACUACAUCCAACGACAUCUUAUCUCUAUCUCUAUAUGGGAGGAGUUACGAUUCUGGGAAGGAUACUUUGACUAUCUGAUGGAGAGGUCUUCAAGCAAUUCUACGAAUUAUGCAUCUCUGGUUACAACGCAGCUAAUUGUGAUGGCAUCACAUAUGGUUGGGUUGGGACUUUCUGAUACUGAUGCUUGGUAUUUGAUUGAAACAAUAGCAGAUAAAAACAACAUUGGAUAUAAGCAGUUUAUAAAACUCAGAGGAUUCUUAUCACAUACCCAGCAACUGCGUGUUGCUUACUGGGGGAUCACUUCUAUAAAGGCCCAAUCCAUGUCAUCUCUAGGAUUGGCAUCCCCACGUUCAAAAGAGGCAACGGAUGGGAAUCAGCCCCCUGCCGAGGCUUCUGGUGUUGGAAGGAGCUGGGUUCAGAGCAUGUUCAGCAGAGAUACAUCAUCCAGAUCAAACUCUUUUAGUCGUGUUCGUCGAUGGGCUUCUGACUCUGGCAGUUCAGCAUCAGCCACAAACGAGAAUGGGACUCCUCGCAAACAUGAUUUAUCGGCUGCUGGGCAGAAGAGAAUUCAAACCAAUGUUCGUAUACUUAGGGGUCAUAGUGGUGCUGUUACUGCUCUACAUUGUGUGACAAGAAGAGAGGUGUGGGAUCUGGUGGGUGACCGUGAAGAUGCAGGUUUAUUUAUCAGUGGAGGCACAGACUGCUCAGUUAAGAUAUGGGAUCCUAGUCUUCGUGGUUCAGAACUUCGGGCAACUUUGAAAGGACAUACCAGAACCAUCCGUGCAAUAAGCUCUGAUCGAUUAAAGGUGGUAUCAGGAUCCGACGACCAGUCCAUUUUAGUAUGGGACAAACAAACAACUCAGCUUCUAGAAGAGCUAAAAGGCCAUGAUGGACAGGUUAGUUGUGUGCGCAUGCUGUCGGGCGAACGUGUCCUCACUGCUGCCCAUGAUGGUACUGUAAAGAUGUGGGAUGUUAGAACUGAUACAUGUGUGGCGACGGUAGGUCAUUGUUCAAGUGCAGUUCUAUGCAUGGAGUAUGAUGACUCAACAGGAAUCUUGGCUGCUGCUGGCAGAGACGUGGUUGCAAAUAUCUGGGACAUCCGUUCUGGUAGGCAGAUGCACAAGCUGUUAGGGCACACAAAAUGGAUUAGAUCAAUGAGAAUGGUUGGAGAUACUUUAGUUACUGGUAGUGAUGAUUGGACAGCAAGAGCAUGGUCUGUUUCCCAGGGGACCUGUGAAGCUGUUCUCGCAUGCCAUGCUGGUCCAAUAUUAUGCGUCGAAUAUUCCCCAUUGGACAGAGGAAUAAUAACAGGUUCAACUGAUGGGCUGCUGCGGUUUUGGGAAAAUGAGGAGGGUGGUAUAAGGUGCAUAAAGAAUGUUACCAUACAUACUGCCGCUGUAUUAUCCAUCAGUGCGGGGGAACACUGGUUGGGUAUUGGAGCAGCUGAUAAUUCUAUGUCUCUCUUUCAUCGGCCGCAAGAGAGACUUGGUAGCUUCUCUAGCACGAGUUCAAAAAUGGCAGGGUGGCAACUCUACCGUACGCCACCAAGAACAGUUGCUGUGGUACGGUGUGUGGCUUCUGACCUUGAGAGGAAAAGGAUAUGCAGUGGUGGUCGUAAUGGACUUCUUAGGCUGUGGGAAGCCACCAUCAACAUUUAAAUUCAUUUAUUGUGUUUUAUAGAUACUUCUUGUGUAGUUGAAAUGAUGAGGGAAAUGGUUGUGAUGGCUUCUCUACGUUUAUCUUUCAACUUGUUUGUGUGAUAUGAUAAAGUUUGAAUAAAUUCUAAUUUUUGCAUA